AUGAGAUGGCUGCUCUUCCCAAUCCUGGUCCUUGCCGCUUUCCAGCCCACGCGUGCCAACGUCAUGACCUGCGAAGAACGCUAUAAGCUCGUAGUUGGCUGCAACCGGGUCACCCGGCCCGGCCCUGAUUCCCAGGACCGUGCCGUGAAGAGGGUGGUGAAACAUGAAAACCUCAAGAGCGAACUGAACAUUGGUAGAACUAUAUUCAAUGACAUUGCCUUGCUGGAGAUGUCUGAGCCCGUCAACUGCAGCGAUUACAUCCAGCCAGCCUGUUUGCCGGACAAGAGCGUGGAAGUUUUGUCGCUACCCCAUUGCUAUAUUAGCGGCUGGGGCAACACAGAUGCAAACAAGCCAAAAUAUCCUGACAUCAUGCAGGAAGCAAAAGUGGACCUUCUUCCCAGGUGGAACUGUUCGAGGCUGUGGAAGAGGCUUAUCCAUCCCAUGAACCUGUGUUCUGGGCCUGAGGAAGGAGGCAUCGCUACCUGCCAGGCUACGCGUGGCAAUGACGGCAGCUGCGAUGGCGUGUGUGGGAGGCGUCCAUUGGCGGCCAGCCAUCUCAUGCUCCGGAUCGUGGGUGGCACCAAUGCCCUGCCAGGAACGUGGCCCUGGCAAGUCAGCUUCCAGUUCCUAACCCAAAAGGGGUUCGUUAAUUCCUGUGGAGGUUCUCUUAUCAACUCUCGAUGGGUCCUCAGUGCAGCCCACUGCUUUCAGGAAGAAAAGUAUAUAGAACAUUAUAAUGUGGUAGUUGGUGCCAACCGGAUCUCCGAACCUGGCCCUGAUGCCCAGAAUCGCCGGAUCAAGAGGGUGGUGAACCAUGAGCUGUACAAGGACGAACUGUACCUGGAGGAUGGCGGAAUGAGGAACGACAUAGCUUUAGUGGAGCUGGCUGAGCCAGUCAGCUGCAGUGACUACGUGCAGCUAGCCUGUUUGCCCGACAGGAGCGUGGCCAUUUCGAUGCUAACCCAUUGCUAUGUCAGCGGCUGGGGAACGAUGGAAGUGAAAAGUGAGACCCCCAUGAAAAGCACGGACAUCCUGCAAGAAGCAAGUGUUCACAUCAUUCCCCAAGAUACCUGUAACAGUACUUCCUGGUGGGACAGGCGCAUCCUUGAUGAGAACUUGUGUGCUGGGCAUGCGGAAGGAGGCAUUUGUACCUGCCAGGGUGACAGCGGCGGACCCCUGGUGUGUAGGGAAAAAAGGUCGGAGCGCUAUUGGCUUGUUGGUGUCACCAGCUGGGGACCCUCCAAUUGCAAUGAGCCAAUGAGGCCAGGUGUCUUCACCUCCACGCAACACUACCUUGACUGGAUCACAAGGGCCCGGGCCACCUCCUACGUUGAGGCCCACAGCUGGAUCCAGGCCACCUCCUACAAUGAGACCCACAGCUGGAUCCAGGCCACCUCCUAUGUUGAGGCCCACAGCUGGGCCCUGGCCACCUCCUAA